CAGAAGUUUGCAAGAGACCUCCAAGGACAGUCCACAAUGAGGGAAAGGAAGGCAACAGAUCCACUCCAUUCAUCCACAGAUCUGACUGAAGGGAAGGAGAAGCUAAGACUGAAACAAGAGGUUGGCCUGAUUAGCGGCGUGUCAUUAAUUGCAGGUACCAUGAUAGGCUCAGGGAUCUUUAUGUCCCCUGAGUGGGUACUACACCACAUGGGGAACCCUGCCAGCAGCCUGCUGAUCUGGGCAGCAUGUGGUCUCCUGGCCACGUUUGGAGCCUUGUCGUACGCUGAGCUUGGAACAAUAAUUAAAGAGUCUGGAGGAGAAUAUAUUUACAUUUUGAGGAUUUUUGGUUCCUUUCCUGCUUUCCUUUUCGCCUACACUUCUGUCAUCCUGGUGAGACCAGCUGGUUUGGCAGCUGUCUGUCUGAGCUUUGCUGAGUACGCCAUUGCGCCGUUCUACCCAGGAUGCUCAUCUCCGCAGGUUGCCAUCAAAUGUACAGCUGCCGCCUGCAUCCUGAUUUUAACUAUCAUCAACUGCCUCAACGUGAGGCUGGCAACAUCUGUUAUGAACAUUUUUACAGCUGCCAAACUCUUGGCUUUGUUGGUGAUCGUGGUGGGUGGGUUGGUGCUGCUUGCCAAGGGACAAACUCAGAGUUUUCAGAAUGGUUUUCAAGGCACCACUGCAGGUAUUGGGGCAGUUGGAGUGGCGUUUUACCAGGGGCUCUGGUCCUAUGAUGGAUGGAACAACCUAAAUUAUGUAACUGAGGAACUGAAGAAGCCUGAGGUGACCCUUCCCAGAGCUCUGAUGAUUGCCAUUCCUUUGGUUACAUGCCUGUAUUUGCUGGUAAACGUGAGCUACCUGGCAGCCAUGACUCCCUCUGAGCUGCUGUCUUCAGGAGCUGUGGCUGUCACCUGGGGGGACAAAGUCCUGGGCAGCUGGGCGUGGCUCAUCUCCUUGUCGGUGGCCCUGUCUACGUUUGGUUCCUCGAACGGGACGUUCUUCAGCGGAGGCCGUGUGUGCUACAUUGCUGCCAGGGAGGGCCACAUGCCAGACAUCCUGUCCAUGGCGCAUGUGCGACGCCUCACACCCUCCCCUGCUCUACUGUUCACAUCUGCCAUGUCUUUAAUAAUGAUAAUAUCAGGGAGCUUUACCAGCAUCGUCAACUUCUUCAGUUUUAUGGCAUGGCUUUUCUAUGGAAUGACUAUUUCUGGGCUCCUGUAUUUGAAAAUCAAGAAGCCAGAACUACCAAGAUCUUACAAGGUCCCAAUUAUCAUCCCCAUAAUUGUGCUGAUGGCAGCUGUGUACCUGGUGUUAGCUCCCAUCAUUGAUCAACCCCAAAUAGAGAUCCUCUACAUCGUCCUGUUCAUUUUCAGUGGCAUCAUUUUUUAUUUCCCACUGGUUCGCUUCAAGUACCACCCUCGCUUCUUACAGAGAGUCACUUUGCACCUCCAGCUGUUGCUGGAAGUUGCUCCAACUACCAGGGAUGCAAACUGA